AUGAAGAGCGACAACCAAGAGGAUGAGGUACAGUGGCCGUUAGGGACCCAAUGGAAUCGAACUUUGCUCUCACCGGCUCGGAAGUUGAGCGUCCACGAGACACUGCUACUAAUAAGCUUUCUCUUUGUGAUCAACGAGCUUCGCGUGCGAAGUGAUAUCAAUUGGCACCAAGGAGAUGAGUUUUACAACCUUUUACCGCCUGCUCAGCCCAACGAAUAUGCAGGCGAGAUCCCCGGCAGGGUCAUGAGGUAUCAUAAUGGCCAAGUAACCGAAGCUCUUGGAUAUCGGUGGUACCGAGGGGGCUUCAACGAGCCUGCGUGGCCUCCUGGCUAUGUCCAGGUGUGCAAUUCCGACGGAUCAUUCAGUAACGAGGGAGAAAGCCUGUCAUAUGCUCUCACGUACAAACAGCUCGCAGUCUUCUCAUGCAACCCCCUACUCCCGAUCGUUGUCUUCAACGGAGACCCAUUGUCCGCCUUCUCGCUUCCUCGAACGCCUCUACUGUUCUUCCAUCCUCCUAGUCAACCGGAGCUAUCGCAAGCAGUGCACCCGGACAGUCCCAUGGAGCAAGGUCCCGGACCGUGCAAAUACGUGGCCGGGGCAAAUCCAAGCUGGAUGCCCAGCCUGGUUCCCACGACGUACAGCAACCCUUAUAAUACGAAUCCGUCGAGAGGCCUGGCGGGAGAGCUUCCCAUCGUUCUUGGGCUGAUGGCGUUUAGCGGGCCUAUGAACCCGGGUGGAGAGGCAGUGACUCGCACUUUUCUGGGAGAGGGUGGACACCGUGGCAGAUGGCGGGAUGGGCAAUGGCAUCGCACGGAGGCUCCUCAGGGAUAUCCGCGUUCCGCUGAGGAGACUCCCCGAGGCUUCCUCGUUACGGUGCUCUGCGAUCCCGAGAACGAAGACUCCAACGAAGAGACCCUCAUGCAAAUGGAAUGGAGUGGUGUGAUUGUCCGAGAAAGUCGACGAUAG